CAAAAGGAGAAAGAAAACAAGUGUUACUGGAUUUGCCAGAAACUGGACUGUGACACAUGAUUGUGGUGUCCUUGAAGAAAAGCAUUCUAGAGGGAAAAUGAGGAAACAUGGAUGGCAACUUCCUUACCAUCCUCUUCAGGUGGUGGCUGUUGCUGUGUUCUUGGCACUGGGUUUUGCUUUCUACGUCUUCUUUGCUCCGUUUGUUGGGAACAGGAUUCAUCAGUACAUUGCCAUGGGCAUUUACACUCCUCUGAUUACAUGUGUGGUUGGACUGUAUAUAUGGUGUGCGGCGUCAGAUCCUGCAGACCAUGGAGUUUUCCGGUCAAAGAAGUACCUUGAAAUCUCUGAAAACGUGAAAUUUCCCCAAUCAAAGGAUGCAAAAGAUGGCUGUGGUUCAACAACAGGUGGUGCCAAGUCUCAUGACAGCACAUGUGUAAAUGAUCAAGAAAAUGGAACUAACAAGAAACUGGAGUCAUCAUCACAAAGAUCUUCUCUCCUGCGUUUGCUCUGCUCUCCAUGUGCCUUGCUUUGUAGUUGUUGCAGUGGAAGAGAUGAAUCUUCUGAGCAGCAGAUGAGUGAGGAUGGGAUGUUUUAUUGCAGUCUAUGUGAAGUUGAGGUCUUCAAAUACAGUAAGCAUUGCAGAGUUUGUGACAAAUGUGUGGACCGUUUUGAUCAUCACUGCAGGUGGCUAAACAACUGCAUUGGCAAGGGGAACUACAGAAAGUUCUUCAGCCUUAUGGUAUCAGCUAUUUUCUUGCUCAUUAUGCAAUGGUCAACUGGUAUAUUUGUGCUGGUACUAUGUCUACUCCGGAGGAACCAGUUCAACACAGACAUUGCCUUAAAGCUGGGAAGCAGCUUCUCGCUUGUUCCAUUUGUUAUAGUCGUUGUUGUUUGCACUCUACUAUCAAUGCUGGCAACGCUACCUGUUGCUCAGCUUUUCUUCUUUCACAUUCUUCUCAUCAAAAAGGGGAUCACUACAUACGACUACAUAGUUGCACUAAGGGAACAAGAGCAAGAGCUAGAAGAAGGUGGUGGUGGAGGUCAACAAAGCCCUCAAAUGUCAAUGAUCAGCUCGUUCACUGGACUAAGCAGUGCAAGCUCCUUCAAUACAUUUCAUCGUGGAGCUUGGUGCACUCCACCGCGUCUGUUUGUUGAGGAUCAGUUUGAUGUAGUUCCUCCAGAGAAUGCGUCAGUAAGUUCAUAUGGGAAGAAGACAGUGGUUGAGGAACGCGUCAAGAAGAAGACACAACCUGUGAAGAUCAGUCCAUGGACUCUAGCGCGUCUCAAUGCAGAAGAAGUCUCAAAGGCAGCAGCAGAAGCAAGGAAGAGAUCCAAAAUUAUCCAGCCUGUAGCGAGGAGGGAAGCAAGCAGCAGCAGCUUUGGAAGCAGCGGCCGUAGAAUGUUCCCUGAAAAAUUUGAAGCUGUUGAUAGUAACGGGAAGCAGCAGCAGAGAAGGCAAUCUAAGCAGCGCAUAAGGUUACCAGCAGAACCGUUGAUGAAUGUUCAGACAAGAGUAGCUAUGGAGACAUCAACUAGCUCAUCAGGGCUAGGUCCUCUUCAGCUAGAAGCAAGAAGCGCGUUUCAGACGAGCAGAGCAAUGUCAGGGUCAGGUGGUCUUACGGUGACAUCUUCACCAGAGAGCAGCUUAGACUCGCAUGACAUUCACCCUUUUAGAGUGUCUGCUGAAGCAGCAGAAGGGUCGGUGCAGCUCAACAGGUUUUCUUCAGCUGUUGGUCUGAUGGGUCAACAGGGAGGUCAACAUCAACAACAAUCCAUGAUGAUGAUGAUGCCAUUGUCAAGGUCAACAAGUGGUGGCUACGAUGCUUCUGGUGGAGAAGACAGUGAUCAGGUUCCUUGUAGAAGCAUCUACAAAUCAAGAUGAGAAGUAUAAUAAUAAUCACUCUAGUCUUGUGGCUCUUAAGGGUUGUGAUAUAUGGCUGGUCACAUACAAAUGGAUUGAUCAAGAGAAGCUCUUAGAGUGUUUGCAAGGAGCUCUUAAGGGAAACAUCUGUAGGGGGGAAAAAGGGUAAGACUAUUGUGGAUUCUUAAGAUUUGUAAUUGUUAAAGGUGAUGAACAGGUUGAACAUGAUCUUUUAGGGAUUGACCAGAACUUUCUUUGCUUGUUUUUGUUAGGAAAAAAAAUGUUUUUUUAUUUCUCUGAAAAGGAUGUCAAGUUGCACAGUGCAUAUGUUGUUAUCUCCUUAAAUUGUUGUGUUUGGACUCAAACUGAAUGUAAAACUUGACCUCCAAGUCUCACGUUAUUCUUUUUGUAGAUUGCACUUAACUUCA